CACGCUGCGUUUAGAUUAGUUUAGUUUAGUUCGUUUACGGUCUUGUCCGAAUUGAGAUCGUCUUGCAGCCAGCGUCUUGGGAAAAUCGAGAGGCGCGAUCGAAACAAAACAAAUCAAAUUAAUAGUGCCUACUAGCGUCAACAGAAGCAGCAUGAGCGGACCUCAACGUGCCUCGCGAACCGACCAAGAUUAGCUUAAUGGCCCGAGGAGAGUGAUAAGCCGGGAGCGAGAUAAUAUUUUGAUAAAAUAUUUGCCACAAACUGUCGGAACGUCGUUAUUUUGGGCCAAAUCUUUCGAGAGUCUGCCGGGAUCCGGCUGUCCGUCGAUACAGUUAAGAUCAGCGGCUGCAGAGCCACAUCAUGCCACUCGAUCCGCUUCCAUCCAUGUGCCAGGUUGUCUUUUAGAUCUCCGGAUACCACCACGAAGCCAGCUAAUUGCCCGCGAAAGAUCUGGCGAAAAUUAAGAAAUACAAUCUAAGAGACUCUGCUACCGAACUUGUGUGUGUGUGUGUGCGUGUGUAUGUGUGAGUUCGGUACCCAAAACCGGAAGAAACCAAUGUGCCAAGUGAGAUCGCAAUACGAGUCGAUCCGCAACUAGUAUGGUGCAGAGCGAGAAUCCCAGUGGCCUGGGAGCCGAGAGGCAGGACUCGGAGCACGAAAGGCGGGAGUCCCGGGAUGAUUCCGACGUCGAGUCCAGACUUCUGAACAAUGGAAAGAUCUACGACAAAGAAAAGGAGGCGGGCAUCAAUCUGGACGGUGAAGAGCCCGCACCAAAGACAGGGAAAUCGAAGAAGAAGAAACAGAAAUCCGAGCAGGAUCGUCUCAUGACCGCGGAAAUUAACAAGCUGUUGGCGGAAUCCCCGCUGGAGAAGAAUGUUACCUGCGGCUUCUGGAUAUUCAAGGGAACGUUUUACCAAAGAUUUGCCAAUCAAACUGCUUACGUUUUACUUUACGGAAUCGUGGGCUGCAUCUUUUCAAUGACAUAUGCCUACUUUAACGGCACGAUCACUACAAUAGAGAAGCGCUUUAAGAUACCCUCGAAGAAUACAGGCAUUAUCUCGGUGGGAAACGAUAUAAGUCAGACCUUGGUGUCGGCGGUUUUGGCCUACUAUGCGGGAAAGGGCCAUCGGCCAAGAUGGAUUGGUUUCGGUCUCCUUACCAUCGUCUUUUUCUGCAUUCUGACCACCGCACCGCACUUUCUCUACGGUCCCGGCGAGGAUGCACUUGCUCUGACCUCGGAGUUCGGCGGGAUGCCCGAUGAAAAUGCCACAAUGGAGGCCAUUGAGGAGCAGCGAUCCAAGACCCUCUGCCGCUUGAAUGGAGGAGGAGCGGAGUGCGAGGUCGGCGAAGGAAACUUUGCCCCCCAACUCCUGCUCUUCGUGGCACAGUUCAUAUCUGGAAUUGGAGGAUCGCUAUACUACACGCUGGGAGUGUCCUACAUGGACGAUAAUACCAAAAAGUCCAAGACUCCGGCUCUGUUGAGUCUUUCGUACUUCCUGCGCAUGUUGGGUCCUGCCAUUGGAUACGCCCUGGCAUCCUUCUGCCUGCGCCUGUACAUCGCACCACAGAUGCAUCCGGUGAUCAACAACAAGGAUCCCCGCUGGCUGGGCGCCUGGUGGUUGGGCUGGCUGGUGAUGGGCGGCCUGCUCUCCUUCUCCGGGGUCUUCCUCUCCAUGUUUCCCAAAGAAUUGCCCAGAGCAGUGGCCCGCCGGAAGGUGGAAGAGAAUCGACGCCGCGAAAAGGAGCGACUGUCGGUGAAGACUACGGAGAAGGAACGCCUCACUGCGGAACUGGAUCAGAAGACUACUGCGGAAGCGAAGGCCUCCUUCCAGGACAUGCUGAAAACCUUCCGCCGCCUGAUCACCAACAAGACCUACAUGUGCAAUACACUCUCGAGCAUUUUCUACCUAGUGGGCUAUACGCCGUACUGGAUAUUCACGCCCAAGUACAUCGAGGUUCAGUAUCGCCAGUCGGCGGCCACUUCAUCCAUGGUCACCGGCACAGUGGCCCUGGCCUUCUCCGCCGUGGGAGUGCUGCUCUCCGGUUUUAUCAUCUCCCGCUAUAAGCCGAGGGCUCGCUAUAUGGCCGCUUGGAACGUGAUCGUUGGCUUCCUCACUGUAGCCGGAAUCCUGGCCUACGCCUUCAUCGGCUGUCCGGGAAAUGAGAGUUCCGUUAUCGUCAAUAUUCACGACAGCUCCUUGGCUGGCAACAUCACCACCUGCAAUUCGGCCUGCUCCUGCGACUACGUCCGCUAUUCCCCGGUCUGCGGGGAGAACAACAUGACCUACAUCUCCGCCUGCCACGCCGGGUGCAAAAAGUUGCUCGUCAACUCCGAAGGAAAAAAGAUCUUCUACGAUUGCUCCUGCAUUCCUAGCGAUGAAACUGGUAAUUCCACGAGCCAAUUUAAGCGCCUAACCAGCUUUGAUUUGAGUAACGAUGAGCUUAGCCAGAACAUCUCGGUUCAUAGCCAGUUGGAGGCUCUAGCGAAUGGACAGGCGAUGCCCGGGGCAUGUCCCGUAAAUUGUUGGACACAAUUCGUGGCCUUCUUGGCCGUGAUGUGUUGCCUGAAGUUCGUGGGAGCAAGCGGCAGAGCCUCCAACUUCCUGGUCUCCGUGCGCUGUGUGCCGGAAAAGGACAAGACGGCGGCCAUGGGAUUCGGAAUGACACUGUGCUCGAUGCUGGCCUUCAUUCCUAGUCCUAUAUUCUUCGGCUGGGUGUUCGACAGGGUCUGUUUGGUGUGGGGCAAGACCUGCACGAACAAGGGAAACUGCUGGCUCUACGAUCCGCUUUCCAUGAGGUACACUCUUAACUUCACCGCAGCUGUCUUUAUAGCCAUUGGUGCCAUUUUCGAUCUGGGGGUCUGGUACUACGCCAAGGAUCUGAAAAUCUUCGACGAGGACGUCAAGGAGGUGGAGAUGAAGAUCGUCCAGCACGAGGAGGAGGCCAACAACGAGAAGAAUACAGAGAUUUAGUCCUAAGUUAUUACUAAGUGCUGUGUGAGUGAGAGUCGUGGUGCCUUGAUUUGUCAAUAUCCAUGUGUGAUUUCCAACGUAGAGUCCAGUACCAUAAUAAACGGUAUUGCAACAGUA